UAAUAACUUAAUAUCCACGACCACAAACAAGCUGAAAAUCAAGAAUUAGGGUUUGACAAUGGAUGAGAAGAAUGUGCACUCUCCUCCCGUGCUCGAAGAUGAGGAGUCUGUCAGUUGCACCAAGAAGCUUCGAUUCGAGGGUUCUCCAGUUUACGAAGACACCGGUUAUACUCUCUUCAUCGAUUCUGGAUACAAACUGCCUCUUUAUCUCUCCGAGUUUGCUCUUGGGGAGUUUAACUACAGCAAGAAAACAACAUUUGAGAAUGUGAAUGUUGUCGAGACGAUGAAAUUAUUGGAUAUUGUGAAGGGAACUACUUACCUUAUUACUUUUGAAGCCUCCUUGCCUGAUAAUAAGAGUGAUUAUGCUCAAACAUUCGAAACAAAUAUAUAUAUGUGCCCCUUAGACCCAACCGCAAAGAUUGAGAUUAAGUUUGUUAGGAUCAAGCCAUCUGACCUGGAUUAUGAUGAGAAAGAAUACUACGGAGAAAAGGCCUCGGAGUCUGACGAAAAAAAGUUUGAAGAAAAGCUCUCUGAGUUUGGCGAGGAAGACACUGAAAGAAAGCUCUCUGAAUCUGAUAAGAAAGGCUCUGAUGAUAAAGACUCUGCAGAAGAGAAGCACUCUGAAUUUGAUGGCAAAGACUUUGCAGAAGAAAAGCUCGUUGAAUCUGAUGAAAAACACAAUAAAGUAAACCUCUUUAAAUCUGUUAAGAAAGACACUGAAGAAGAGCUCUCUAAAUUUGACGAGAAAGACUCUGCAGAAGAGAAUGUCACUGAAUCUAAUAUGAAACCCUCUGAAGAAGAAAAACCGAAUAAAUGUGACAAGGAAGACCAUCAACUCUCGCAAUCUGAUGACAAAUAUCAGGAAGGCUCUGAAUCUAGUAAAGAGUUAAAACAAUAUCACAUUGACGUGGAGAAAAGUGAUGGUUUUGAGGUUGGAUACUAUCCAAAUGUGAGGGGUUCUUGUUGUAUGCUCCAUAGAUAUUACGACCCACCAGCUAAGACCGUCUCUACUACGUGUUUGAAUCAAUUGGUUUAUUUUUCUCAGUUGGCCAUCUGCCUCUAUAACAUGAACAUGAUUACGUGCUAUGACAAUGUCAGAGUGAUGAAGGCAAUGGCUUCUGGUUGUGGGGGUACAACUUACCAUAUCACUUUCGAGGCCUCCUUGUUUAAUGGGAAUGCUGUAACCUUCCAAACAAAAUUAUACGCGUCCCUCCCAUCUCCUUAUCACGAGAUUGAGGUUGAGUUUGUCAGGAUUAAGCCUGUCAUUAAUUCCAACAUUACUAACUGAUGACAGAACAGCUGUAGUUUAUAAAAUGUAGUUCUGGAGUGUUUGUCAAUGUCUAUGAUUUUCAUUGCCUCCCAGAGUUGCAGGUCAUAUGUCAAGGGACCAUUAAUAUUGUUCAAGAAUUAUGUCUGAGCUAAGUAAAUCAGGCUGUUCGAGCUUUAUAUUAAUGUAAGUUUUUAGUGUGUGCGAAUU